UAUGAUUUGAGUAGGUAUAAUAUAUAUCUAAGCUAAAUAUUUUUUUGGUUUAAGAAAAAUAAGAUUACUUUACUACAAAUAUGGAAGUCAAUUAUGAAAACGAAGGAUAUGAUAAUGAUUAUCAAUCUAAACCAAAAGGAAGCAUUUUAACAAGAAAGAACAACACAUUACCAAUAUGGGGUAAUGAGCGUACAAUGAAUUUGAAUACUCUUAUAUUAACUAAUAUUCAAUCAUCUCAUUAUUUUAAAGUAAAUUUAUAUGAACUGAAAACUUACCAUGAAGUUAUUGAUGAAAUUUAUUAUAAAGUACAACAUCUUGAGCCAUGGGAAAAGGGUAGUCGGAAGACCUCUGGGCAAACUGGAAUGUGUGGUGGUGUUCGAGGAGUUGGUGCUGGUGGAAUUGUGUCAACAGCCUUUUGUCUUCUAUAUAAACUGUUCACAUUGAAAUUGACUCGCAAGCAGGUAACUGGGUUAAUUACCCAUUGCGAUUCACCUUAUAUACGUGCUUUGGGUUUUAUGUACAUCAGGUAUACUCAGCCACCAGGUGAUUUAUGGGAUUGGUAUGAAUCUUUCUUAGAUGAUGAAGAGGAAAUGGAUGUUAGAGCUGGAGGAGGUCAAACAAUGUCAAUUGGCGAUAUAUUAAAGAGCUUUUUAUUUAAAUUGGAAUGGUUUUCCACAUUAUUUCCUAGAAUCCCUGUGCCCAUUCAGCAACAAAUGGAAAAAAAAAUGAGUGAAAAAUAUCCUCCAGUGGUGGAAGAAGCGCCUAGAAGAAAUGUACCCGAAAAGAACUUUAAUAGUAGAGAACGAGACGACUAUAGAAGUCGAGGAGAUUUAUCUGACCAAUCAAGGUCUCGAGAUAGAAUUGAUCGUAGAGAAAGAUCACAUAGAGAUUAUCGUGAUAGAGAUUAUGAUCGUAAGACUAGUCGAGCGAAUUCCCGAGAAAGAUCACCUUAUGUUAGUCGAAGAGAUGAUUAUAAAAAAAGUACUUCAAGAAGUCCAAAAUAUGGUAGCAGUAGAAGAAGAGAUCGAGAUGAUUACAGGUAAUAAGACUUACCUUUAACCUUAUCAAAAUAUUUUUUGAUU